AUGAGCGGAAUGGGCGGCUUCGCUGGUCCACCAAACCUCGGCGCACUUGGGCCCAAAAACACCGGUUCCCAAAUUGGACCUGAAUUUGGAACAAGCUUUCCUGCGCCCAAUAUUGAAGACUACGAGGAAAACGGUGUGAACGGAGCCGCCACUAAGAAGCCAGACACACUUGUGAACAUCAAUGAAGAAGAUGACGAGGAUUUUGACGAAUUCACUAAUCCACCAACCACUUCGACUUCAGCUCCACCAGUUCCGAUCACACUGAUUCCAGUUGAGCCGGAAUCGAACUCAGUGACUGAAGCGACCAGCCCAGUUCCUCUGAAAGAAAUACGUAUCGAGUUACCGCAAGGCAUUGAGGAACAAACUGACAGUGACUAUAUUGACGAGGUGAAAACCGAUGGAAAUUCACGGAUACAGGUCACCAAUAAAAUUAAGAAUGACGGCGAUGAAAGUCUGCUCGCCCCAGAUCGAGCAAACAACUUACGCUUGCGAAACAGCGUGCCAAAUCUCCCAAAGCUUAUCGAGGUUCUGAGAAAGAGUAAGCUUAAGGACUCGGACAUAGCAGAGAUCAUUUCUCAGAUUGAAGACAACGAGAACGUUCCAUCGCCGCCAAAGAUCGACUUCACUUCAGCCGUUCAAAACAUCCCGCUGAAGAAGCAUCAAAAUCGUGAGCGUAUCGUGAAGGCGUCACGUGAACUUCAAAGAAACAUCGGAGCUCCUGAACAGGGGAUCAACAAUCAUUUCAAUCAGCUUGGACAACUACCUGAUCUCUCAUCUCCUUCCACUGGUGUACCACCAACGACUUUUCAACCACCUGCCACCGCCACUCUACAAGGCCUAGAUCACCUGUUCCCCCACAUUACGCAACCAACGCCGGAUCCUAUCGCCUCAAAUCGGCUACAGCGAGAGAUUGCUUCAGUACCGACGGAUAAAGCUCCUCAUCAGCUCCCAGUGGCUUCUACGACUCCGGGCGUACUAGCAGCACAGACGCCGUUCACAACGCCACCAAAUUUUCUCUUACAUCACCAACAUUGGCCUCAUCCUCACUAUCCAACACAGUACAACGCUGUACAACCGCCAUCGCCAGCCUAUCAGCCUCAUCCUUUUAUUCAUCCUCCUCUUCAUCCUUUCCAACCUUAUCAACACUAUCAGCUACAACAGCAGCAGCAACAA